AAUCAGUUUCAAUAGAAAUUUUUUUAUCAAUUUACAAACAGGCCGUAAGUAUGAGUAUGGAAAACGACUUUCUCACGUGUGAGUAUUUUUCAUUUUCAGUGUUCAGCAAAAAUAGGUCAACUGGGAGAUCGACCAUGAAGGCCAUGUUGACCUAAAUCAUAAAAACAAAAAAGACGAUUUUGCUUUGGUGAAAUUUGUGAUUUUGAUUUCUUUUCCAAUAAAAAGAUAACGUAGGAAAAUUUUAAAAUUGAAUAUAAACUCUUCCUGAGCCACUGAGUGUAGGAAUCUAGUUCAAUAUGGAUAUUUUUCAAAAUCAGUGUUCAGAAAGUCUCGGCUUCGAUUCGAUGUUAUCGAACCCCUUAAACUCUCCACUUCCAAUAACCGAUUCCUCGAGUCACAUCAACUUCAGCUCAUCGCCGUUCUUCAGUUCCAUGUCGUCGAUAGCAAACACCCUUUCAUCAGCAGUCUGCAGCAGCAGCAGUGCAAAUCUUUCCACAAUGAUUUAUUCGACGGGAACCAGUACAGGAGCCAAUGACAUUGUGCUGCCUAGCAUAUUCGUUAAGGUUCCUAUGCAGAUUAAUCAGCAGUAUCAACAGCAGCAACGACAAACUCGGUCAAGUGUUCCGGAAGCAAUCAAAUGCGAAGAUAAAUCACAAGCCAUCAAACGAGAGCUGGGCGAUUUAAGGGCACUAGAAAAGGGUACUGCCAUGGUCCAGUUGCCAAACAUCUCUGAUCGAUAUCUUACUGAGGAUAGCGUAGAAGAGACGACAGCCGAAUUUGUGCAGGUUCACAAGUGCGAAUGUUGCCCAUUUGUCACAAUAGUAGCUGAUAAUUUGAGGCAUCAUGUACAAAGUAAGCAUCCAAAUGGAACAACAGAUCGUCAGUGCGAAGUUUUGAAAUGUCCUGCCUGUGAGAAUAGCUUUUGGCGGAACAAAGUCGUAGAGUUGCAUUUGCAGGAAGAUCAUCAAAUGGAUCCAAAUGAAGUGAGAACACUUAUGCAAAGCAGAUUUCCACUUUCUCCGCCAGUUGACCAGAUAACGGUUCGCAAUGACCUACAAAAUACGAUUGGUGCUAACACUGAAGAUACAACUCAACCUGUAUCGGAUCCAAACCAACGCCGAAUAUUUAUAAGAGAUGUGCAAUUAUUGAAAAAACCAGAUGUGAUUGAACAAGAACAUGUUCAACAACAAGCUCAACAGCAAGAUGGUCUUUCGUCACAACAUAAUGGCAAAAUUUACAUAAGAAAUGUCUCACAAUUACAAAAUGCUAGUUUCGUUCAAAGUGAAGAAAUUUUUCGUAAUCCAUCCGGUCUGCAUGAGAGCAAGUACAGUUUUGUUGUUCCUGCGCCUAGUCCCAAUAGUGAAUCACCACCGAUAUCAACGAUAGGAGAGGCAACAAGUUCAACACCUCAGAGGAGCAAAAUCUUCGUUCCAAAUGUUGAGAUUCUCAGAAACACACUGCUGCCAAUAACACCACCAACAAUUAUUUCCAGCUGUGAUAUCAGUCGCACCAGUAGCAGUGAAAGUCUAUACACGACACCUCCACCAUCCGUAAUUAGUCCGGCAAAUUCUGUAACACAUAUUGGAGGACCUUAUGUGUCAACUGGUUCCGCUCUUAACAUGGUCAUACUACCAGCCCCUGUGUGUAGUAGCAAUUCUUCAACUCCCCCAACUACAGCUACGCCACCUGCGAUCACUGUAGCAAAUCACGAUGGCACACAUUCGCAACAACCACCUAGGAAUAAAAUAUUCAUCAAAAACAUAAGCGUGCUCAAACAACCGACUAUCCACUUAAAAUCUGUCGACGAACUAAACUUAAUGACAAUUGAUCAACUUCAACUGCAAAAUCUUCUUCCCAAUUCAAUCAACAAUACCACUAUUCAAAACAUAAAUGUCGACAAUAUUUCAGUAAAUCACCAACAAGAACAUCAACCCAUGGAAACACAAGAAUUAAAUGAAUUUAGCGGCGCCCUAGAGGAAGCUCAAACUGAAAUCGAUGACGUUGGUCAGUAUGAUGAUCCCGAAGAAGGUUCACAGUACGAAACUCAAAUUUCCAACUGUCAAUCAGUAGAACAGGGGUUUGUGUCGGUAGAUCCGGAUUAUCAGACAGAUUUUGGACAUGAUUUCAUUAUUAUUGAGCCUACAAACCAUUCGACAGAAGUGGCAACCUCAGUGGAGUUUAGCGAAAGUGUCGAUGAACAUAUGAGGGUAUCAUCGAACCUCACUGAAGAGCAAACGAAUCUUAACGCUGCGCCUUCUGCCCACGAUAUGUCAAAUGAAGCGAAGCAAUACGAGCAAACGGACGAGGAUAUUUUAUUUGUUUGCGCUGAAGAAAUAAUCAAUUUGGAUCCGCCAGUAUUGCCGGAGAAAACUGACAUUUCCGAUUUCCAAUCUUCAGAAAACCAGGUUGACGUUGAAGACCCACAAAAUGUUUCGCAGCUCCAAGGUCGAAUUUAUGUAUCAGAAAAUCUAAUGGACCCACAGCACUCAAUUCCAACUGAACUACCACAAAAUAUUACUGAAAUCGACGCAACUGCUCCUACAUUGAAUAUGUAUUCCGCGUCUGAUCAAGUUGGGUCGGAUACUAACACUCCAAUUUUCCAAAAACUACCCGAAGUACACUUGACUGAUAGAGAACGCAUUCGAAGUCGAGGCCGACCGAAAGGAGCAAAACAAACUGGAAUUACGAAGCUUAAAAAACUGUACACAAAUCUAACACCUUUGGAAAAAGGAUACAAAUGUGAUCUAGCGGAUUGUGGAGCCAGAUUCAAAAAGCCAGAAACAUUAACUUAUCACCGUCAAUGUCACAUCUUAACAGAAGGAGGUCAGCAUGUUUCAGAAGGGAUUCAGUGCCCGGAAUGUGGCAGUUGCGAUUUCCGUAACUGGAAUACACUUCACACCCACCUUUGGAGGGAGCAUACCGUUGAUAUGGAGCUAUAUUCUUGCCACUUGUGUAACUUUAAAACUCCAGUUCUAUGUCGAUUGAAUAACACGCACAUGAAAAUUCAUUUUGAUGAAAAAAAUUUCAUUUGUGUUGUUUGUGAUAAAGCGUUUAAGAACAACAAACAACUUCGCAAUCAUAGAAGAUCUCAUAGAGAUCCUAUUUUAAAGAAAGCAAAAGAACGUCCUACCGAAGAGCCAAUUCCAACGCUGCAAGUUGAAGAAACACCGAGCAGAAGUAGUGUUUUGUCGGGUAAAACAGUAAAAUGCGUUCAAUGCGGCAUUAAAUACCAAAACAAGCGAGCAUUGAAAGAACAUGUUGAAAAAAAUCAUGGAAAUGAAGAAGGCACCAGUAAAAACGGGAAGUGUAAAAAGUGUAAUAUCUGUGGAAUACUAUUGAAAACACGAUAUUUGUUGCAAUCUCACAAAUUCAAACACUCGGAUGAAAAGAAAUUCAAAUGUGGCGACUGUGACUACAGCACCAAUGAUCACAAUGCUAUUCGGCGGCACAAACUGAGGCACAAUUCUGAUGGGCACAUGUAUCGUUGCACUUAUUGUGACUACAGUAGUAUUCAAAGUACUAGCUAUCGUAAACAUCUGCAACGAGUUCAUUCUGAUGUGGCCUCAAAACUUCUUUACAGCUGCUCCCAAUGCGCAUUUGUAUCUAUAAGUGAGGUUAAAUAUCUAUUACACCGUGCCAAACACGAAGCUGGUGUUGAUCUAACUGAAGAUACUCCAGAACUGAAUCCUACUGGAAUUCAACCAUCAGAAGAAAUCGAGAAUACAGUGGCACCGAAUCCCGAAAUUCCUAUUGAAAAGAAUAGCAGUGAGGAGCAACCACUUCAGGAUGCCUUUGCUCUGAUACCUUCAGUUAUUUCAGUAAGCAAUGAUCUACAAAAUCAACAUCCUCUUAUCCGGCCGGCUGGAUUCGCUAAUAAUUUCUCCAAAGUGGACAACUUCUACGGCUCAAUGGAUCCACAACACUAUCUACCGGGUGCUCCCGUAGCUGUAGCUGCUGCAACCAAUGUGAAUAUUCCGACUUUUGCAAUUCCACAUGGGGAUUCGAAGGAUUUACACCUGAUGAAAACUGCAGCUCCAGUGGAUUAGUUAGUGGUGCAAUUUGAGCGAAGGAUCGUCAACCGCAGUCGAGAUAAAAUUUCUUAGGUUAUUGUCGGAUUCGGUGAAACCAUAACUCCUUAACACAGCACACGUCUAUGAGUCAGUGAAACCAUAACUCCUAAAAUCAAGACACAUCUAUCGUCUAGAAAAUUCGUCAAUAGACUGACGUUCGGUUUAGUAUCAGCACCGGAAUUGUUCCAGAAGGUGAUGGACGAAAUUCUCAUGGGAAUCCGA